AUGAGGCGAUGGAUGGCCCCUUGUGUGGGCGGCCGAGCGUCGCUCCAUAUGUGCCACCUCCCCACUCGCCAGUCGCUCCGCUGUCCCGAUCGGUGGAGCAUUCUGCCGGUGCCGCUCAUCGCGACGGCAUCUUCCGUUGCUGUAAUGCUGCCGCGCAUUAUGCCCACCGGGCGAGCUGCCGGCUAUGCGCGCCAACGCGCCACCAAGCAAGUGCCUAAGAUCGUCAAGGCUAAGGGACCUGCAGCGAAAACAAACAAGGAUGAGGAUCAAUCUGCCGCCGCGGCGUUGAAGGAAUGGAAAUUCACCGGGUGGGUGUCCACCAAGAGGGACAUCAAGGCAGCUGUGGACGAGUGCGUACAGAACAUCAGGCCAAAGUUCGGCGACGUCAAGCCCGACGUGUGCUUCGUGUUUUCGUCGCACCAAAGCGACGACAAGCUGCGCCGCAUUCCUGCCCUGGUCAAGAACGCACUCAAGCCGCGCGCACUCUUUGGCAGCUCUUCGUUCGGCGUGUUUGGAGCCGGAGGUGCCAUGCCCCAGGGCCAGGAGGUCGCCAACAAGCAGGCGUUGAGCAUAGUGGCGGCUACAAUGCCCGAUGUCGAGAUCUACCCGUUUCAUGUCCGCACACCCUCGCUGCCAUCGUUUCCUCCCGACUUUGACUGGGCCACACACACUUUGCCCAAGCGGAAGAACGGAGGCGCCGCCGAAGACGACGAGAUUUCAUCGGCGCUGUUCGUGAUCACCGAUGGCUUCGACUUCCGCGAGGACGAGUUGCUCCAGCGACUCGACUUUGCCUUCCCCUCCUGCCCCAAGUUUGGAGGGCUCGCCUCAUCGAGGAACGUGCGGCUGUUCGUGAACGACAAGGCCUACCCUGAUGGCGCUGCCGGACUUCUCGUCCACGGCAAGUUCCGCCUCGACCAGAUCAAGGCCGAGUCAUUCCGACCCAUCGGCAGCGAGAAGGAAUUCGAGACAUUCCUGACUUCCGUCGGAGCAGAGGGCGCAGGUGCCGAUGACGACGAUGACGACGACGACGAGAGUGACGACGACGACGAAGUGGAGGACCUAUCGUCCGUCAUCCAUGCGAUCAGCGGGCGCACCGUACACGACGUCGUACAGGAGCUCGCCAGCGAUCUCUCGUCCAGAGACAAGUCACGGUUCUUGAGCGGACAGUUUUUGGUGGGUGUCGACCCGCGCGUGCCCUCCUCCAGCGAGACCAAGCCCAGGCCUCCCUCCGUCUUUGUUGCGCGGAACGUCAAGGAGAUGGAGGUCGACUCCGAGUCUAAUGAAGGUGGGUAUCUGACCCUGUACGAGAACGUGCCGCAGGGCAAGCACAUCCAAUUUUGCCUCAAGGACCGCAAUAAGGGACUGGCCGACCUUCGCGCGCAGCUCGCCCGCUUGGAUCUGCCGCCGGUCCCGGCCGCCGUCGCGGCGUCUCCAGCGCCUCCCGCGCCCUUCUGUCCGCUGACCCUCGAACGGACGAGCGAGGUGGGCAUGCUGGGAUUCUCGAGCAUCGGCCGAAGCCUCUACGCCAAGGACGCUGCCGCCCAGAUCGAGCUGGCGCAUGAGGGGGUGUUCCCGCUGGCCGGCCGCACGCCGCUCGACUCGGUGGCCGAUCAGCUCGUGGCCGACAUGCACGCCAACGCCGACACCUCCGAGGUGCAGAGCUUCAUCGAGGGCGAGCUGGCCCCGUCCGUCGACCGCCCCGCCGCCACGGCCGCAAGCGGCAACUUUGCAGCUGCGCCGACCACCGCGGUGGAGGGCCGACACGACGACGACGACGACUGGGUGGAGCAGCUCGAGGAGACGACCACCACAACCACGCCAACACAGCAGCAGCAGAAGACAGAGAGGAAGAACGAAGACGACGAUGACAUCGUGAGCUACAGCCAAAAGGCGAAGAAGAAGCCACAGCAGCCCGAAGAGAGCGCGAGCAGCAGACAGCAGCUGGAGGAGUUCUUCGACGACGAAGAAGACUCGGAGGAACGGAGGAUGAUGCUCAAGAAGAAGAAGGUGGAGGAGGAAGAGGAAGAGGAAGAGGAAGAGGAGGCAGCAGCGCAACCGACGCCAGUGUGA